AUGCAACGAGCUGCUACAUUUGAUGACUUCUUUAAACUGUCCAGUUUUUUCUACACCACCAUUGGCAUCGAACCAUACGACCAGCCAGGAGUUGAUGAGAAAAAACCCAAAUCCUUUGCUGCCCAUUUGAUAUUCUAUUCGGGAUCCCUCAACUUAAAUUAUGUUUUAAUUAUGGAAAUCGCCUUCGUCAUUGUGUCUUUUGUGCGUGGUGAAAAUAUCCUCGAGGCCAUAAUGUGUCUCUCCUACAUUGGUUUCGUUGUGGUUGGCGAAUCGAAAAUGUUCUUUGUUUUUCGUAAGAAACCAAUUCUUAGUAAAUUUGUGAAACGUCUUGUGGAAAUUUACCCCAGGGAAUUGGAACUCCAGGAGCGUUACAAUCUUUCAAGUUAUUUGCGGCAAUCGACUCGGGUCACAAUUAGUUUUGCCCUGCUCUAUAUGAUAUUGAUAUGGACCUAUAAUCUGUAUGCCAUGACUCAGUAUCUGCUCUAUGACAAAUGGCUGGGAACGAGAAUGGUGGGACAGCAGUUACCCUAUUUCACCUAUACCUGGUGGGAUUGGCAUGGUCAUUGGUCCUACUAUUUGUUGUAUUUCGUACAUGUCUUUGCUGGUUACACUUCGGCAACGGGCCAAAUUGCCAGUGAUAUCAUGUUGUGCGGUUUUGCAACUCAGAUUAUUAUGCAUUUCAAUUACAUUUCGAAUGUCUUGACAAAUUACAAGGUGAAAAUCAAUGAUGCCAAGAAUGUGGAUAAGGCUCGGCAAGAGGAUAUUGAAUUUCUAAAGGAUAUCAUUGAGUAUCAUAAUACUUUGUUGGAUUUAAGCGAACAGUUGAACAGCGUUUUUAGUUUACCGCUGCUGUUGAAUUUUUCCGCCUCUUCGUUUGUCAUUUGCUUUGUUGGCUUUCAAAUGACGAUUGGCGUGGAACCAGACACUCUCAUCAAAUUGUUUCUGUUCCUUUUCUCAUCGACUGCUCAGGUCUAUUUGAUUUGUCACUACAGCCAGAUGUUAAUUGAUGCGAGUUUAAAUGUAGCCGAUGCCGUUUACAAUCAAAAUUGGUCCAUUGCCGAUGUACGUUAUCAGAAAAUGUUAAUAUUAAUGGCAGAACGUGCCCAAAAACCCGUGCAACUGAGGGCUACAACAUUGGUGCUCAUCUCUCGGGGAACUAUGACUGAGAUAAUGCAGCUGUCUUAUAAAUUUUUCGCCUUACUGCGAACAAUGUACACAAGAACAUAA